GUGACCUCAUUAUUGCCGUUCUGCAGCGCCCUUCUGCUGGCAGGCUUCGCAGUCCGCAGCUAUUGCACCUUCCACGUCGAUGAUCCGCGAGUGUACACAGCGAGAAUGCUGCUGAGAUGCUCCGCAGCGCCCCUCGUCUCAAUGACAAACAGCGUCAUCCUGGGGCGGCUGUUCCAUUUCGUCCCCUGCUUCGCGCUGAUGCACCCGGGCCGUAUGGUCGUCCUCGUCGCCGCCUUCACCGCCGGCAUCGAGCUCCUGAGCAUCACCGGCAUCGCGUACCUCACCGACCGAGAGGCGCCGGACAAGUCCCUACGCCUAGGAGAUUUCCUCACGAGGUCGUCGCUCGCGCUCCAGCUCAUCGUGAUCGGCAUCUAUUUCGUACUCGUGGGGAUAUAUCGAAUCUGCUGUAUCCGCGGAAGGACCACCUAUCGUAUGGCGACAUUCAUCCUACGUGCCGUGACGGUUUGGAUUGUCGGGUCUCCGAGCCGGCUCUUGCCCAGCGAUCCUCAGAUGUGCCUUGCCCAGGACGGGAAAACGAUUUUGAAUGGACCCGGGUGGGAGGAUUCCAGGUCGGUGACUGA